UUGCCCGACCCGGGAUUCGAACCCAGGACUUCAGAGCGCUGCCGUACCGCGCGCAACCUGAGAAAAGAAAAGAGCUCAGCAGUGCGCAUUAUUACCAGCAAUAAUACUCAUGAGAACCAUAAACGUGUGACGAGAGGUGUGUCAAGAUCCUAGGAUAUAACGCUCAAUAGUCUCUGCCUACCCCUACGGAAUAAUGUAUGAAUGUAAAAAAAAGAAUAAAAUCGAGUACGUCCGCGUGCGAUCGCAAGUAUUAUUGUUUGUAUAAAGUAUUUCCGUGAAAACAAAAUUGAAUCAUUGUGCGCGCCGGGUUUGUGACAUCGACUUGUGUUUAUAUUCUUGUGGGACGUAUAACAAAGCGCUCGGAGCUGCUACAUCUGGCGAAGAUUCACGAUGUUUUUGGAAAACAAUGAGGACCCGAAUCUCUCCGUGGCGGACUUCUACGCAGGGAGGUCUGUCUUCAUCACCGGGGCCACUGGAUUCCUCGGAAUGAUGUGCCUAGAGAAACUGAUCUACAGCUGUCCGCAGAUACAUAAAAUAUACGUCUUAAUACGUACGAAGAAGAAUCAAAAUCCUGAGCAAAGACUACAAACAAUGAUAGAUAGUCCGGUGUUCACAAGAAUCAAAAAAGAACGACCGGAGGAUUUGAGCAAAAUCGUACCAAUCCCAGGAGAUAUCGCUGCACCUGAUCUGGACAUCAAAGCGGAGGAUGAAGCUAUCUUGAUUAAUGAAGUAUCAGUAGUGUUCCACGCUGCAGCGACAGUAAAGUUUAACGAGCCUUUAAGCGCGGCACUCAACGUUAACUUGGAGGGAACGAGAAGAGUCUUUACUCUCUCCCAACGCAUGAAAUGUAUUAAGGUUUUUGUUCACAUUUCAACUAUGUACACUAAUACCGAUAAAACAGUGGUCGAAGAGAUUGUAUACCCUCCCCCCAAAGAUCUGGGGGAGGUGUACAAAUUCGCCAGGAACUACGGAGAUGAUGCGGAAAAGGUUUCUAAGAUGAUAGAGGGACGACCCAACACCUACACAUUCACGAAGGCGCUCACCGAGACCAUGAUAUCAGAGAAACGUGGUGAUCUCCCAGUGGUCAUCGUGCGACCUUCCAUAGUAACACCAUCAAUCAAAGAGCCGUUCCCAGGCUGGCUCGACAACUGGUACGGCGCCACCAGUUCUCUCACAGUCAUAGCUAAGGGCAUCUGUAGGGGUGUCGUCGGAAACAGACGCAACAUACUGGAUCUUAUACCAGUGGACUACGUGUCAAACCUCACUUUGAUAUCAGCUGCUAAGUGUAAUAGCAAAGGUCAGCUCACUGUGCUAAAUAGCUGCUCAAGCCAUGUCAACCCGAUUACAUGUGGAGAACUUGUGAAGCUUUACACACAACAGAGCGUAAAGGAAAGAUUUUACAGUCUGCCGUUUCCUGGAGUAAUUCUGAUGACGAAAUACAAAUGGAUAUUAAGAGUAAUAUCUUUUAAUAUGAAGACAGUAGCUUUCGUUGUGGACCUCGUUCUACGUAUUAUCGGAAGGAAACCUAAAUACGUAAAGUUAAUAAAAAUGUCAGACUACGCUCGCGAUUUAGUUGAGUAUUUCACGUCUCACUCCUGGGUCUUCAAGUGCGACGAAGUCCGCGCCUCUACGCCUCCCCUGAGCCUUCAAGAUCAAAAGACUUUCCCCUGUGAUCCAUCACACAUCGUCUGGAACCAAUACAUACCGUUAUAUUUUAAUAGUGUUAAAAAACACUUACUUGAUACGCAGAAAAGGUUUUAAUUCUCAAAAUCCGAAUGUAAUAUUUUAGUUGGUUAGAUUGGUUAAUCAGUUUUAUGGCUUAUGAUAAAAAUAUGGUGCUACAACGUGGUAAAAGAAUGCCGUCCCCGGCUCCGCAUUCUCGCGGAUGCGCCUAAUUACAUAAAUAACCAACAAAGGCUGCAAGCGUUACCUACACAUACUGGAUUUGCUCGUUCUGAAGCCGCUUGUCUUCCGUUUCGUGCCCUUCAACUCCGAAGAAAAUUUACCCAGAACUUGCGGGAAGGCGAGGCGAAGUUACAUGGUUAUAGGCGAGGGCUUUAACUACAUCCACGCCCUCGUGUCUCCUCAUUAGCCUCUAGAGAAUGUGGAUCGGGCAUUAUGGUCAACACACGUGAAUGCAGUACAGUCGCUUCGAUGAAAAUUCGCGUUGUUAUCGCGCAACCGUCUUCUGACUCCUCCGUUGUAAUUUAACAACAAUGAAAUAUAUUGUGAUGAUUCUGAAUAUCGUAUGUAAUAAUUUUGGGAUAUGAAUGUUUUAGUUUAUUAGUCACAACAAAACGGCAUAAUAUGCCAUUAAUCAUAGUGGACCGAGAUAUAAAAUAAGUAUUAUAGUUAUAAAUUAGUUUUAAGUGGUGAAUAUGUAAAAAUAU